AUGUUUGAUAUAUCAAAGUCAAGCAGUACGUCCAGUUUCAAGGAUGCUCUAAAACGAGCUUCUUCAUCAUUACGACCCCAACCAUUGAAUGAUAAACGAGCAAUUGAAAGUAUACAACACUAUCAAGAUAUACUAUCUCCCAUACUAGUCGAUACUCAUCAAACCCCAAAACUGAAGAACAACAAUAAACAUGUAGGAGGAGAAACGAGGAGAAAAGUUACACCGAUUGCUAUAAAACAUGCGUUGGAUAUUCCAUUGGAGUCAAUACUUAAUUUGUAUGUGCGGCCGGGUGAACCUCAUUUUGUCAUGUGGUUCUUGAUUUCGUCGUAUUUUCCAUUGACUGCAGCCUGUCUUGGUCCGUUAUCGAAUAUGAUUUCCAUUAUUGCAUUAAUUGAGCAUUGGAGAGUUGAUGUCAAGACAGGAUAUUAUCAUCCAGAUCCGAAAAAAGUAGUUAUACUAAACGCAAUGUCAUUGGCUUUGGGGUUGAUUGGGAAUAUAUCCUUAUUGAUGAAUUUCUCUCGAUCAGUCAAGUACUUGAUCACGCAAUGUAUUUCAAUCUUUUCAUGGUUUUGUGCAUGUAUGCUACUUGUUGCAGGGAUCUUAAUCACCAAUUAUCAAGCAUUGGAUGAUUUCUCCAAUAUUGAGCGUUCUGAAGGGUUCUAUUUUGCUUGUUUUACUGCAGCUUAUUAUUUUAUAUGUAUGAUGAUUUUGUUGAUUAAUUUUGCAGGAUACAGAUUGAACAAGUACCCACCUACGUUUAAUUUAGACCAGAAGCAAAGAACAUUGAUGGUUUACACCAUCAUGUUUAGUGCUUGGAGUGUUGCGGGUGCCGUAGCAUUGGCCCAUUUGAUCAAAGAGAUUUCAUAUGGCUCAGCAUUGUAUUAUUGUAUUGUGUCUAUUUUAACUAUUGGAUUGGGUGAUAUCACACCAAAAACAUCAGGAGCAAAAGUGGUGGUAUUAAUCUUUUCAUUAGUUGGAGUCCUUAUAAUGGGAUUAAUUGUUGCUACUUUACGAUCUGUGAUUUUAUCAUCAGCAGCUCCUGCAGUAUUUUGGAACGAUACGGAAAUAAAACGAAGGAAAUAUAUUGACAAACUCAUGCAAAUGCAUAAAACUAUAACCCCAGAGGAGUCUUUUCAUAAGAUACGACAGAUUCGAAAUCAAGUCAAGACGAUACGAACAAAUAUUGGAUUAUUGAUGACUCUUUUGGUUUUCUUUGGAUUUUGGCUUAUAGGUGGAAUGAUUUUCCAUUAUAUUGAAGGCUGGACUUAUUUCCAUUCGAUAUAUUUUUGUUUCCUUUGUUUAUUAACUAUUGGCUAUGGUGAUUAUGCGCCUAGGACCAGUCUUGGAAGAGUAUUUUUCAUAUCAUGGGCUAUUGGGGCAGUGCCGUUGAUGACUAUUUUGGUUUCAAAUGUGGGUGAUGAAUUAUAUGACACCUCUAACCAAUUGAGUGAGUGGUUUAGUAAAUGGUUGUUUCAGCCUGAUAAUGCAUAUGAAGAGAAGAAGGCCAUCAAGAGAGAAAUAAAGGAAGAGCGUGGUGAUGACGUCACGGUUAACUCGGCAAUCUUGGCUGAGGAACUAAGAGAUGAUCUUGAUCUAACGUUGCACGAAUAUGGGGCCGACAAUGCCUCUAGUUGGAAAGUGGAGGAGGAACUUGAACAUGAAAUCCUGGAGUUGGAUGGAAGCAGCGAACAGUCCAAUAGUGGAGCCAAUCGCCUGGUCAUGAGUCAAGAAACUACACAAUCAAUCAAACUACGCAAAGUACAACGGAAGAUCUCUAACCGAGCACGAAGGCACAUAGAAGUUUUAAAAUACUUGGAGCAACUCAAACCUUUGAUAUCCGACUGUGUCACAAACCCCAUGAAGAAAUACACACUUAAACAAUGGCAUGAAUUUUUUGAAAUCUUGGAGCUUGGUGAUCCACCACAGGAUAUUGCAGGAGAGAUCCAGAAUGAUGGAUUUUGGUUAGGUGAGUAUAGUCCACUUCGAUUACCUUUAAAAGAACCCAACUUUAUGGUGUUGAAAGUGUAUAAUAAAAUUGAAGAAACGGUUGCUCAAUUGAUUGAUGAAGAAAUUGAUGAUUUGAAAAUGAUGAAUAAUCAAGAGGGAGAAGAGGUUAAACCACCUGCUGCAUCUGACAGGAAAGUACAGUUUGAUGAUAAGUGA